AUGUCCGCUGCAGCCAAACAGCGCCUCCAGGCCCUGAGCAAACAGCUUGUCGAAGGCAUACCGGACGAGGGAACAUUCGAGGACAUCCCAAAGAUCCGACAUGUUGCCCCUGACUCUGCAGGCCCUCGGACGAAGGAUAAGGUCGUCAUUGUCACGGGCGCCAACUCCCCUAAUGGGAUUGGUCGGGCCAGCGCUCACCAAUUCGCCCAUAAUGGCGCCAAAGCGGUUUAUGUCUGCGAUUUCAGUGAUUCUCAUCUCGCGACUCACAAGCGUGAGAUAGAGUCUCUCUAUCCCGGAGUGGAUGUACAUGUGAGACAAUUCGAUGCCGGGGAUGAGAAGGCGGUGACUGCCGUUAUCGACGAAGCCAUUUCCAAGUACGGCCGUUUGGAUAUCUUUUUCGCCAAUGCGGGUAUCGUGGGGCAACCGAAGCUGUUUACCGAGAUUGACGGCGAUGGGUUCAUGAACACAAUGAAGACGAAUGCGCUUGGUGUCUUCCUUGCAGCUAAACACGCCGCUCCGGCUAUGAAAGUCACUUCCGAAUCGAAGCCAUACCCCAGCGGCUCAAUCAUCUGCACUGCCUCGGUUGCCGGUCUUCGGUCCAAUGCUGGUUCAACCGACUACUCUGCAUCAAAGGCAGCCGUUGUCUCCAUUGCCCAAACCGUCUCCUAUCAGCUGGCUGGCACAGGAAUUCGUAUCAAUGCCAUCUGCCCGGGCCUGAUCGAGACUGGAAUGACCCAGUCUGUGUUUGACAACGCCCGAAAGCGCGGUACCACGCGCAAAAUUGGACAGUUGAACCCACUGCAACGCGGUGCGGUCGCUGAUGAAGUUGCCCGGGUGGCACUAUUCCUGGGUAGUGAUGAAAGCAGUUACGUCAAUGGCCAGGCAUGGGCUGUAUGUGGUGGACUGAGUGCUGGUCAUCCUGUCGUUCCCGGAAAACUGGCAUGA